AUUUGUACUUAAAUACUCUCAUUCUCCACACAAAUACAUCUCUCUCAAUUUCAACAUGGGCAAAAGACUCUAUUUUCUUUUCACUCUCAUAGCCAUUAUUUCCCUUUCUUUCUUCUCUCAUUUUACCUUUUCGGAUUCCUCGGUAGACGCUUUCGUCUACGGAGGAUGUUCACAAAUAAAAUACACACCAAACUCACCAUACGAAUCGAAUCUCAACUCCCUCCUAACAUCCCUAGUAAACUCAGCAACAUACUCAUCGUACAACAAAUUUAGUAUCAUGGGCUCAACGAAACAAGAUAUUUUAUACGGGGUUUACCAAUGUCGUGGCGAUCUAUCGAUGCCCGAUUGCGCCACUUGUGUAGCCAAAGCAGUGAGUUCAAUUGGCAAACUUUGUUCACAAAAUUGUGGUGGUGCAUUGCAAUUACAAGGAUGUUUUGUUAAGUAUGACAACACUUCAUUUCUUGGUGUUGAGGACAAAACUUGUGUGUUGAAUAAAUGUGGGCCUUCUAAUGGGCUUAUUGAUGGGAAUUCUGUGGGCCGGGUUUUGACAAGUUUGAAUGGGGCUGGUGGGCUUUUUAGAAUUGGUGGGUCAUUAGAUGUACAUGGUGUGGCCCAAUGUGUUGGUGAUUUGAGUAUGGGCCAAUGUCAAGAUUGUUUAUCGGAGGCGAUCGGACGGUUGAAAAAUGAGUGUGGCGGUGCGUCAUAUGGGAAUAUGUUUUUGGGAAAAUGUUAUGCUAGGUUUACUACGAGGGGAGAUUUUGAAUCCAAAUCUAAUCAUGGUUCUCAUCAUUUUGAGAAUGAGAAGACAUUUGCACUUAUCAUUGGAUUAUUAGCUGGUGUUGCUCUUCUCAUCAUUUUCUUAACAUUUUUAAGAAGAAUAUUUGGACGAAAUGGUAAAUAAAGAAUAUACAUACACGAUCAACGUCAACUUGCAUUCUUUAUUUGAAAUGAGGACUUUAUGAAAGAAAGAUGAAUUAUAGAGAUGUGGACCAUAAAGAAAAAAAAGUUGAAAAGGGAGAAAGUCAUGAACUUUAACAAAGUGACAUUGUUUAGAAAUUUAAAAGAAAUUUCAAUUGCAUAUGCUUUUGUGAAGUUUUAUUUGGAUAUGUUUUCAUGUGAGACAUUUGAUUAUUAUAAAGUAUAUUUU